UACCAUCGUCCUCGACACAUCGUCCUCUUUCGCCCCUCCUACACCGUACAACCCUGGCAACACUGUAGCAAUGGCGUCAAAACGAAGCAGUAGUAGUAUGAGUAGUAAUAGUAGCAUUCACUCGUACUCGUCCGCAAGCAACGUCCGGGCCAGCUGCUAUGCCGUGAACGCCUCGACUGCCAGCCUCCAAGGCUUCCAUUACUCUACUACCCCGGCUGCCGGGGCUGGGUGGUGUUCCUGAGGUCAGCUCGGGAAUACCAUCGCCUCCAUCAAGUCCCCCCCUCGCCGCCAGACACGCAUCCGCCAAGAGCGGCAAGGCGCGCAGAGGGGGGGCAGCAUAUACCAUCACGGAAGAGUGUGAGAGACUCUUCUGCGAGACACUACGAUCUGUUUUCCUGGGUGAGGGGAGCCAGCAUCGUCAGGACUCGCUAGUGAUGGGUAUGCCAUACAACAUCAUCACGAAUGCAACUACCGCCAUAACAAACGAUUACGGCAUCGAGGCUCGUCGGUACUCUGACUCCUCGACUGAAUCUGAUCUAUGCGAGAUGGUGCGAUUUGAGGAGCAGAAGGGUGCGAUCACAGACUACAUUGAAAUGUGGGACUACGUCGGUGGCAUUAUGUUCCGUGGCUUCGUUGUUGAAAGAGAAGAGGAGAGAAGCAUGUUUGUUUUCUUUGAUGAGGCCGUCAUCGCCGCAGAUCUCAAGGCUGGCUUAAUGGCCCUCCUCGAGCUCUGUGAAGUUGACUAUUUCUCCUGCGGCCGUCUCGUUCUCUGCAUCGACCGACAUGCCGACCAAGCAGCUCGCAACAACUUGACAAAGGAUCUAGGCUGGAUUGGCUUCGGCCUAACCACGCUCGACGAGUUCAGCCAGGGAGAUGAGUUGACCAGUGAGAAGUGGUUGUUCAUGGAUAUGGAAGUCUAAGCACGUGGGUCAGGAAAGAUUGUGAUUGGAAGUCAUUCGUCUCUUGCUGCAGCAUGUCAGUGUUCUGGAGUUCAGGUCUUUUUGAAUGGGCGUCUUGCAUGGAGUUUGGGUGUCUGCGAGCCUUGUUAUGCGGAUUGCAUUCCUGUUCGUGUUCACAUGUCUUAGUAAGGCGCUCAUUCUUCUGAUAGCUAGUUGGUUCAAUACGACAAGUUUACCCUUG